AACUUAUCUCCCCCGAAACCGAAACAGCAACAGAAAGAAAGGAGUCAGUGUCUGUUCUGUCCUGCGGUGCUGACGUUUAGUCGGGUAGUUUUUCUCUAACAGAGUUUUGUAUUUACAUAGCACUCAAUUUUAGACCGCAAUCAAAAUGAACGUGACAUCAGCAGCGGGGGUUAUAUCCCUCCUGGAUGAGCCAAUGCCUGAGCUGAAGGUUUUUGCCUUGAAGAAGCUGGACACCAUCGUCGAUGAGUUUUGGCCUGAGAUAUCAGAGGCUAUCCUCAAAAUUGAAAUUCUUCAUGAAGACAAGGGAUUUGACCAACAUAAACUAGCUGCUCUUGUUGCAAGCAAAGUUUACUACCACUUAGGUUCAUUUGAAGAUUCCCUCAACUUUGCUUUGGGUGCUGGUGAACUGUUUGAUGUCAUGUCACGGUCUGAGUAUGUGGACACAACUAUAGCCAAGUGUAUUGACUUCUAUACUCAAUACCGAAAUGCCAAUGCUGAAACUGGAAAAGAGAAGGAAAUUGAUUCUAGGCUUGUGGCUAUUGUUGAUCGCAUGUUUCAAAGAUGCUUAGAUGAUGGCCAAUAUCGCCAGGCUCUUGGCCUUGCCUUAGAAACACGAAGGAUGGAUAUCUUUGAGAAAGCCAUCAAACAAUCUGAUGAUGUUGCUGGUAUGCUCCAGUAUGCUUUCCAAGUAGCAAUGAGCCUGAUUCAGAACAGAGGCUUUAGAAAUUCAGUACUGCGGUCAUUGGUUGCAUUAUAUCGUGAUUUAGAAACACCAGAUUAUGUGAAUAUGUGCCAGUGCUUGAUUUUCCUGGAUGACCCUCUAGCCGUAGCAGAUGUUCUUGAAAAGCUCAGCAAAGACAGUGAAGACAGUACUCUGAUGGCCUAUCAAAUUGCUUUUGAUUUGUAUGAAAGUGCUACCCAGCAAUUCUUGGGACGUGUUCUUCAAGCGCUUCGGGCAACAGCUCCUAUACCCUCACUUACUGAUAAACAAACCAAAGUGUCUGUUGAAGGCAUGGUUGGAGCUGCUGCUGUUGCCAAUGCUGCAGAAAAAGAUAGUACAGUGAAAUCUGAAGAAGAUUCAGCUAAUGCUAAUGAGGAUAAAAAGGAGAAAAAACUUGAGAGCCUGACCGAGUCUGAGAAAACCCACCAAGUUCGAGUUGAAAAACUAGCCGGCAUUCUUAGUGGAGAAGUGACAAUUGAUCUUCAUCUUCAAUUUUUAAUUCGAAGUAAUCAUGCUGAUAUGCUUAUUCUUAAAAACACCAAAGAUGCUAUCAGAGUGUCCAUAUGCCACACGGCUACUGUUAUUGCUAAUGGGUUUAUGCAUAGUGGUACAACAAGUGACCAAUUUUUGAGGGACAACUUGGACUGGUUAGCACGCGCCACCAAUUGGGCCAAGCUGACCGCAACUGCAUCCUUAGGAGUCAUUCACCGUGGUCAUGAACAUGAAGCUCUAGCUCUAAUGCAGAGCUACUUACCGCGUGAGUCCGGCCCGACAUCUGGAUUCAGUGAAGGAGGCGGUUUGUACGCCUUGGGACUCAUUCAUGCCAACCACGGCGGAGCAAUCAUUGACUACCUCCUAGGCCAGCUGAGUGAAGCACAGAAUGAGAUGGUGCGUCACGGUGGCUGCCUCGGCCUGGGUCUCGCAGCCAUGGGCACUUACCGCCAGGACGUGUACGAUCAGCUCCGAGCCAAUCUGUACCUCGAUGACGCCGUGGCGGGUGAGGCUGCUGGUAUCGCCAUGGGCAUGGUGAUGCUCGGGUCGAAGGAGGCUCAGGCCAUCCAGGACAUGGUCGCGGAACCCCGAGCAGUGCCCGAGCGUGGUGUCGCUGCUGGCUGAGAGCUACAACCCUCACGUGCGCUACGGGGCGGCCAUGGCGCUGGGCAUCGCCUGCGCCGGCACCGGGCUCAAGGAGGCCAUCGCGCUGCUGGAGCCCAUGACCAACGACCCCGUCAACUUCGUCCGCCAGGGCGCGCUCAUCGCCUCGGCCAUGGUGCUCAUCCAGCAGACGGACCAGGGCUGCCCCAAGGUCAAGGACUUCCGCGCGCUGUACUCCAAGGUGAUCGUCGACAAGCACGAGGACGUGAUGGCCAAGUUCGGCGCCAUCCUCGCGCAGGGCAUCAUCGACGCGGGCGGGCGCAACGUGAGCGUGUCGCUGCAGUCGCGCACGGGCCACACCAACAUGCUGGCCGUGGUGGGCGUGCUGGUGUUCACCCAGUACUGGUACUGGUUCCCGCUGGCGCACUGCCUGGCCCUCGCCUUCUCGCCCACGUGCCUCAUCGCGCUCAACGGCGACCUCAAGAUGCCCAAGAUGGACGUGCGCUCCAACGGGCGGCCGGCGCUGUACGCGUACCCGCCGCCGCUCGAGGAGAAGAAGCGCGAGGAGCGGGAGAAGGUGACGACGGCCGUGCUGUCCAUCGCGGCCAAGGCGCGGCGCCGCGAGCAGGAGCGACGCUCGCGCGCCCAGGACAAGGCCGACAAGGAGGACAAGCAGGGCAAGGAGAAGGACGCCGACAAGGACGAGGACGAGCGCAUGGACGUGGACCCCGAGCCGGCCGCCGCGUCCAGCUCCAAGAAGGACGAGAAGCGCGUGCCUACUGCUGUGUCGCUGUCGUCUUCCAAGGUGGGCUCCUCGUCGCGCCACAGCAAGGAGAAGGAGGACAGGAAGCAGGAGAAGGAAGACAAGGAGAAGGAGGACAAGGAGAAGAAGCAGCAGGAAGUGAAGGAGGAGGAGGACAAGGCCAAGAAGGAGAAGGAGGAAAAGGAGAAGAAGGAGGAGGAGACGUGGGAGAUGUUGAACAACCCUGCCCGCGUCGUGAAGCCUCAGCUGCGUGUCAUCGCCAUGCCUGAAGGCAGCCAUUACGUGCCGCUCAAGGACGUGAGCAUCGGUGGCAUCGUGAUGGUGCGUCGGGUGGCCGACGGCAGCCAGCCCGCCGAGGAGCUCGUGGAGCCCGUGGCGGCGUUCGGACCCAAGCCCGACGAGGACAAGGAGCCCGAACCCCCAGAACCUUUCGAGUACACCGAAGACUGAGGAUCUAGGGCCUAGGACACUUCUUCAUAGAACCAGUUCUCGAGAGAUUAAUUAUGUUAUUACUAAUAUUUAACGCAUGAAUUAUUUUUUUUUCGUGCGUUGAAAGUAUUUACAACUCGACGCAGUCUAGUGUUUUCCUGUCAUUUUAAUUGUAAUAUAUUUUGUGUAAGUGCAAGGUCGACGACUGAAUUUGUAGUACUAAAAGAAAUAAAUCUUAUCAACUACAAACGUG